GGCCGAGGAGGAGGGCGCGGAAGGCGGAGGAUGCCGCCGCCGAUGUCGCCGCCGCCACCCGCCGGCCCCCGGCGAGCCUGACUCCAGACCCGAGGAUGGAGCCGGCGCGGGGCGCUACAGCGGCUCCCGGUGCGCCCCUCACCAGGUAGCCGUUCUCCUCUCUGGUGUGGUUGGAAGAAGAGCCUCCCGCCCCAGCUGUCCCUUCCGAGUGGGCCUCGGUGUCUGGGCUAUCUAGACGGAGCUGCCAUUUCCACCUGGAGGUCUGGGAACGCUUCCCCUGUCUCUCUCUCUACAGUCUAUUGCUCACAGGGCCUCUGCAUAGGCUGGGACUGCCGGCUAGGCCAGGAGACCUGGCAGCUGUGGACUCCCCAGCUCGGAGCAGCCCCUCUUUGACCUCGCAUGGUGGAGAAGCAGCCCCAUGAAGGUGCCCAGCCAUGCAAUGUUCCUGGAAGGCCGUCCUCCUCCUUGCCCUGGCCUCCAUCGCCAUACAGUACACCGCCAUCCGCACCUUCACCGCCAAGUCCUUUCACACCUGCCCGGGGCUGGCGGAGGCGGGGCUGGCCGAGCGGCUUUGCGAGGAGGGCCCCACCUUUGCCUACAACGCCUCCCGCAAGACCCACAUCCUCAUCCUGGCCACCACGCGCAGCGGCUCCUCCUUCGUGGGCCAGCUCUUCAACCAGCACCUGGACGUCUUCUACCUGUUCGAGCCCCUCUACCACGUCCAGAACACGCUCAUCCCCCGCUUUACCCAGGGCAAGAGCCCCGCGGACCGGCGGGUCAUGCUGGGCGCCAGCCGUGACCUCCUGAGGAGCCUCUAUGACUGUGACCUCUACUUCCUGGAGAACUACAUCAAGCCGCCGCCCGUCAACCACACCACCGACAGGAUCUUCCGCCGCGGGGCCAGCAGGGUGCUGUGCUCCCGCCCCGUGUGCGACCCCCCGGGCUCCCCCGAACUGGUACUGGAGGAGGGGGACUGCGUGCGCAAGUGUGGUCUGUUGAAUUUGACGGUGGCCGCCGAGGCCUGUCGCGAGCGCAGCCACGUGGCCAUCAAGACGGUGCGGGUGCCCGAGGUUAACGACCUGCGGGCCCUGGUUGAAGACCCCCGGUUAAACCUCAAGGUCAUCCAGCUGGUCCGAGACCCGCGUGGCAUCCUGGCCUCCCGCAGCGAGACGUUCCGCGACACGUACCGCCUCUGGCGGCUCUGGUACGGCACUGGGAGGAAGCCCUACAACCUGGAUGUGACGCAGCUGACCACGGUGUGCGAGGACUUCUCCAACUCCGUGUCCACCGGCCUCAUGCGGCCCCCGUGGCUCAAGGGCAAGUACAUGUUGGUGCGUUACGAGGACCUGGCCAGGAACCCCAUGAAGAAGACCGAGGAGAUCUACGGUUUCCUGGGGAUCCCCCUGGACAGCCAUGUGGCCCGCUGGAUCCAGAACAACACGCGGGGUGACCCCACCUUGGGCAAGCACAAAUACGGCACCGUGCGAAACUCGGCGGCCACGGCCGAGAAGUGGCGCUUCCGCCUCUCCUACGACAUUGUGGCCUUCGCCCAGAACGCUUGCCAGCGGGUGCUGGCGCAGCUGGGCUACAAGAUGGCCACGUCGGAGGAGGAGCUCAAGAACCCCUCCGUCAGUCUGGUGGAGGAGCGGGACUUCCGCCCUUUCUCGUGACGAGGGCUCCGUGGGUGGGGGUGAGGGGCACAUGGCGUCGGUUUUGAUAAAAUGGACCCUUUUUAACUGUUGCCUUAUUUCCCCCUCUCUCUCCCGCCCGGUCUCUGUGUCCUUCCUGCCUCCCCCUCCCC